AUGGCCCGCCGCGAAUCCACCACCGCGCCGGCGCCGGUGAUGGCCUGGCCGCGCUGGCGCCGCCGCCACGGCUGGCAGCUCCCCCUCCACCCGCUCCAGCUGGUGGGCAUGGCGGUGUUCGCCGUCCUCGUCGCCGCCUUCUACGUCGUCCUGGGGCCAUACCUCGGAAGCGCCGUCGCCGGCAACACCCUCCUCGCCCUCUUCUCCUUCUCGGCCUCCGCCGCGGCGGCUCUCUACGUGCGGUGCACGGCCGUGGACCCCUCCGACAGGACGCACGCCAAGAAGAUGAGGCGGCGGCGGCGGCAGCUCGCGAGGGGCGGCCGCGCCGGCGGGAAGCUGCCGAGGCUGCGGUACGGGUACAUCCUGUGGCGGUACGCCUUGCGGGUGCUCCGGCGGGUGGAGGCGCGGGUGAUGAACCGCUGGGUGCGGCGGAGCUACCUCGAGCAGUGGAACUCCAGCGUCCAGCUCGACCCCAUGCUCCCCUUCGCCUUCACCAGCCUCGACGACGUCGUCUCGCCGCACGCCGCCGCCGGCCACGACAUCUCCUACUGCCCCGUCUGCGAUUGCGAGGUGAAAUUGCGCAGCAAGCACUGCAAGACUUGUGAUCGUUGUGUCGAUGGAUUUGAUCACCACUGCAGGUGGCUGAACAAUUGCAUUGGAAGAAGGAACUAUGCAUCAUUCAUUCUGCUCAUGUCCUUUGUCCUGCUGAUGCUUGUUAUCGAGGGAGGAACGGCGAUCGCAAUCUUUGUUCGCUGCUUCACGGACAGCAAAGGGUUGAAAAUGGAGAUGGAGCACAGGCUUCACAUCAGGCUCCCCAAAGGAGCCCAUGCAGCGUUGUCAAUGGUUUUUGUGAUCUUCACCUUAUACAGUACUGCAGCACUGGGUCAGCUCUUCUUCUUCCAUGUUGUGCUUAUCAGAAAGGGAAUGAGGACAUAUGAUUACAUCCUUGCUAUGAGAGAGGCAGCAAAGGCAUUUGAUCCUUUCGAUGACUCUGAUUCAUCAUCUGAUGAGAGUAUCGACUUCGAUUCGCCAGAAAAGCCGUCUUUUCUGUCAAGGAUCUUCCGCAGAAGUGACGAAGUAACUGAAAUUACCGGGAAGCUGUCCAUUAGGAUCGAGAAUGAACCAAGCGAUGGAACAAGAAGGAAAGAUGACAUCCAGAUCAACCCAUGGACGUUGAUCAAGAUGAGCAAGGAGAAGGCAAUGGCAGCCGCUGAACGUGCCCGUGAACGCAUCAGGAAUAAGCUGCCAUCAACAACAACUUCACCGAUGAAACCACUACCUGUGGAGACAAAGAGGGGUCCCCUGAACCCAGAGAGAAGGCACAUCAUGGCAGGGAAGGAGAUAGUGCCUGUUUUCACCAAGAGCUGGCUGUCAGGAUCGCCGACAGCGAGGCUGUCAAGCCCAAGAAGACGUUUCUCCGGUUCACCGUCGCCGAAACCGCAGAGACACCGGAACAACUUCGAUCUGAGACUUGCAGAGGUGUCAAGAGAGCUUGAGUCCCACAUCUCAAAGCAGGUUCUUUGCUCCGUCGUCAUGAAGGGUGUUGAAGAUGAAGGUUCUUCUUCAUCCUGAUGUAGGGAUAGGGAUGCUGUUUACUUUUACAAGAUUCAUUUCAUUUUUUGGUCUCUCAAUCUCUGAGAAUUGUGUGAUGUGCUUGCUUAGCCCAUGCAACCCUUUUCUCAGGUUUAUUCAUGCUAGCUGCUCUACAUAUACAUAGUUGUUUGUAUGUUGCUGUUGUGUAUUCCGAUCUCUGAACACUUGGGUACAGCAAUCCAUGGUUAUGUAUAUGAGAUCAAUCAAAUGGCACCUCACAUAAUCCUUUA